AUGUCUUCUAAUACCACACAAGAAUUCACUCAAUACCACCAAUACCACCACAUUCCACCUCUAGAGGCAGUCGUUGCUGUUCUUCUCCAAUCCAAUGGUAUUGGCUACAAGGGUGAUCUUCCAUGGAGAGAAGAUGGUCUUUCAGAAGAUUUGAAACAUUUUCAGGCCAUCACUACUUCUCGGGAUCCUCUCGUAUUCCGAACUCCAAGCAUGUUCAAACAACAACCACCAACAUUAUCACAGUCACCAUCCUCUUCAUCAUCACUGACCUGUGGUAAUACUACAACCACUCUGACCACUCUGACCACUACUACCACUACUACCACUACUACUACAUCUGAUUCAUCAGAUUUAACAACAACAACAACAACACCACCACCACCUCCAACACCUCACAAAUUAAAUGCAGUCAUUAUGGGUCGAAAAACUUGGGAAUCCAUUCCAGCCAAAUUCAAACCACUCUCCAAUCGAGUGAGUAUUGUCAUGACAUCUUCUUCUUCCUUUGAAUCAUGCUCUCACACUCGAUUUGUCAAGAAUAUCGAUGAAUUAUUUGCCUUGUUAUCCAUCAAUGAAUUUCAUCGAGUAUUCGUUGCAGGUGGUAGUACCAUCUAUAAGAUAUUAUUACCUUACACGCAUGUGAUUCACUACACGAAUAUUGUAGAGUCUAUUACUACUAGUACCAGCAGUACCAAUACUAAUACCAUUCAAGUGGAUACCUAUUUCCCAAUUCGUUUAUUACCCUCUCUCAAUGGUUAUACAAGCAUACCUUUACAAGGUGGUGGUGGUGGUGGUAGUGGCAGUGGUGGAGUAUUCAUUCAAGUGAUGAUGACGACGGAUGGAAAUGAUGAGCCCACCCGUCGAAGAAUGAAACCCACCCGUCGAGAGGAUCGAAUUCAAUACUAUGAAUUCUUAACCUUUGAACGUCGACAUGAAGAAUUCCAAUAUUUGGAUAUUUUAAGAGAUUUGAUCGUGUAUUCGGGUUCAAGUAUUCGAUCCGAACGUACCGGAGUGGGUACUAUUUCCAAAUUUGGAUAUCAACUACGAUUCUCAUUAAGGAAUCACACCUUUCCUCUUCUCACCACCAAGAGAGUCUUUUGGAAAGGUGUUGCAAAGGAAUUACUUUGGUUCAUCUCUGGUGAUACCAAUGCACGUACUCUCUCUUCACAAGAUGUUCACAUUUGGGAUGGCAAUGCAAGUCGACAAUAUUUAGAUUCCAUUGGAUUGACUCAUCGUGAAGAGAUGGAUUUAGGACCAGUCUAUGGAUUUCAAUGGAGACAUUGGGGUGCACACUAUGAAACCAUGCAUACUAAUUAUUCUCAAAAAGGUAUUGAUCAGUUGAAAAAGUGUGUCGAUACCAUUCGUCACAAUCCAACCAAUCGUAGAAUUAUUCUCUCUGCAUGGAAUGUUUCAGAUUUACCUCAAAUGGCACUUCCACCUUGUCAUUUAUUAUGUCAAUUCUGGGUGGAUACAGAUACACAAGAAUUGAGUUGUCAAAUGUAUCAAAGAUCAUGUGAUAUGGGUUUAGGAGUACCUUUUAAUAUUGCAUCCUAUGCUUUAUUGACUUGUAUGAUGGCACAAGUAUGUGGAUUGAAACCAGGUGAUUUUGUACAUUGUUGUGGUGAUUGUCAUGUCUAUUCGAAUCAUAUUGAACCAUUGAAAGUACAAUUAGAGAGAAAUCCCAAACACUUUCCAAAAUUGUACCUAAAUCCAAAUGUGAAGGAAAUGGAUGAUUUUAAAUUUGAAGAUUUUGUAUUGAAAGAUUAUGAACCUCAUCCUACGAUCAAGAUGGAAAUGGCUGUGUAG